AUGGCCGCAAACUGCACCCCCACUGCAGAGAUACCAAACCCUUGCACAUCUCUAGCAUUUUUAGCUCCUGAGUCAGCAAUGCAGCUCGAGGUGUCUCGAUAUCUCUACUGGGCUACAGUCCGGGAUGAAAUCCGAAUCUUCCGAAAAACAGGAAUUCGCCUUCCAGUUAUCGCCUACGUGCUAUCAAGAUUUGGCACUCUAGCCUAUAUUAUCAUCGCUACAGUCUUUCAAGGUACCCACUUCCGGUUCACGGAUCUUGCCAAACUAUUCUUUGGAUCAUUGGUUUCAGCUAUCCCUUUGCAGCACCCGCUACAGCGGCAUUAUUCUUCUUUAGGGUCCGUGCGGUCUACGACCGUUCAAUCAUCGUCACACUCAUAUUCGGAACAUUAUGGGCUGGGGACAUUGGGUGCUGCGAUUGCACUCCCAUUUACGCUUAAGGAGAUCACAUAG